GUUGCGGCAUUCAAGCCAGUUAGAAGUUAAAAUGGCAGCAGCUCCUCAACCUUAACUAACUAGCUAACAACUAACUAACUUACUUAAAAAUACAGAAAAAAAAAUUGAAAAACCCCAUCGAAGGUUGUGACUUUGAUUAAUUUGGGAUUAAUAAAAACGUGUUUUGCACAUAAAUUAAUUAACGAAUAUAUCCGAAACAAAAACAACUUGUAAAAAAGAUAAACCAUGGAGAAGGGCGCCAUUAAUAAUGGUUUUGAAUUGGAUCAGAAAGAUCUAACGAACAAAAAUGAUGAUCUAUAUGAGACUGAUGUUCCAGUGGAAAUUUUGACCACACAAAAUGGAGACCUUGCACAGGAUAAUAAAGCUAAAAUUACGAAAUGGAUUAAAACAUUUCUUAAAUAUUUUAUACAUAUUGUAGUUAUUGGAUAUUUUUCAUAUGCUGCCUAUCAUUAUCAUGAUGUUUCCUACUAUGAGUGCACUUGGAAUAGCAGUCAUUUGCUGUGUGGCAUACAAUUCUGUUCAGGAUUUGGAAUGCUCAUCCUGCUAAUGAGUUUUACCUAUUUGGGAUUGUUUUACUAUUACAUUUUCAAGCCAAAAGUGGGACGUAGUCUGCAUAGAAACUAUUUAGUGCCACUAUCAGACAAAUGGAUCAAAUUUAGCCGCACCACAGUUGUCUCCUUGGUGAUGAUUGGCAUACUGCUGGCAGCUCUUGCCGUAUUCCUUUACUUUGAGACGCGAGAUGAACCACAGAAAUUGGUUUCGCUGGUGGCUCCUUGCUUCUUUAUAUUCUGUGGCUAUGUUUUCUCCACAAAGCGUAGUGCCAUCAAAUGGAGGAUUGUCAUCACUGGCAUCACUUGCCAAUUUAUUUUGGGUGUCAUCUGCAUCCGUUGGGAGGUGGGACGCCAGAUAUUCGAAUGCCUGGGCAAUAAGGUGGCCACGUUCUUGAACUAUGCCAAGGAGGGUAGCCAAUUUGUGUUUGGCGACUUCCUAAUUGAUGCGGAUGUCUUUGCUUUUGCCAUCUUGCCGGUGAUAUUCUUCUUUAGUUUCUUCAUAUCGAUUCUUUAUUAUCUCGGCACCAUGCAAUGGGUGGUCAUUAAAUUGGGAUGGAUUCUCCAAUCCAUUUUGGGCACCACAGUGUGUGAAAGUGUGACGGCAGCAGCAAAUAUCUUUCUGGGAAUGUCCGAGAGUCCAUUGCUGAUACGUCCGUAUAUUAAUAAAUUGACGAAAAGUGAAAUCCAUAGCAUAAUGGUGUCAGGAUUUGCCACUGUAUCGGGAACAGUGUUGGCUGCAUAUUUAUCCUUUGGUGCUUCAGCAGCUCAUCUGAUAACCUCCUCGGUGAUGGCUGCUCCAGCCACAUUGGCCAUAUCCAAGCUAUAUAUGCCCGAAACGGAAGUAAGUCAGACGACAUCCGAGUCCAUAGAGCUGGAGAAGACACAAGAUUCCUCCAUAUUGGAUGCAGCUUCCAGUGGAGCCACAAAUGCCAUACCCAUUGUUCUGGGCAUUAUAGCGAAUAUUGUGGCUUUUGUUGCCUUCGUUGCCUUCCUUAAUGGCAUUGUCAAUUGGCUUGGCUUUCUGGUGGGUCUGGAUGACAUUGAUUUCGAAUGGAUAUUCUCUAAAUUAUUCAUUCCUCUCGUUUGGGCCAUGGGUGUGCCUAAGCAGGAUUGUGAUAUCAUAGCCAAAGUGGUGGCCACCAAGACCAUAAUCAAUGAAUUUGUUGCCUACGAACGUCUGGGCGAAUAUAUUGAAUCGAAUCAGAUUACAGCUCGCAGUGCCGGCAUAGCCACAUUUGCCAUUUGCGGUUUUGCCAAUCCCAGUUCCUUGGGCAUACUCAUUGGCUCUUUGAGUGCCAUGGCUCCACACAGACGCGCCACCAUUACCAGUGUGGCGUUUCGUGCCUUUGUGGUGGGCAGCAUUGUUUGUUUCAUUUCUGCCAGCUUUGCAGGCAUACUAAUCCAAGAGGAGGAGACGCAAUAUGCUUAUGAUAAAAUUUUCGAAAAAUUGGGUCGUAGAAAUAACACUCUAGUUUAAUUUUAGUCCCCCUUAAGUUUUUAAUAAAAUCAAUGUUAUUUAUUUGUAAAACAA